AUGUGGACAGCGUCGAGGAGGGUGGGCCCGACGGGGUCUGCUGUCCCGUGGAGGACGACGGCGGCGGUGGCUGGUACGGGAACGCUUCCGACACGCGCUCCGAGUCGUCGUACAGCGGCGACAUUCAUGACGACCAUGAGCUGUUCCUCCACGGGGGCUCCUCCCCCACCCCCUCCCCAGACCGACCUCCAGAACACCCCGACACCUCGACUGAGAGCUCCCUGGGGGGCUGCCCUACGCCUGUCCACAGCCACCACCACCGGGCCUCCCUUGAGCUCCUGAGCCUGGGGGUGGACGGAGGGGUGUUCUCUGCCCAGGAUACCCUUUCCUCCGUGGUAUCCUCGCUCUAUGGAGAGGCUGCCUCCGAGGCCCUGGGGAAACCCCUGAGUAGUAACCUGCGGCGCCUCCUAGAGGCUGGGUCGUUGAAGCUGGAUGGGGAUCUUCUGGGGAGAGUGAGAGGAGGGGGAGGAGAGUCGCCCCCUAUAGGCUUAGCUCCAGCCCUGACCCUCUCCCCCUCCUCCCAUCAUGCUCAGCAGCUAAGUGCCCUCGCCCGAAAACUGGCAGCCAAUAACAACAACAACAACAGUGGAGGCUCCGCUUCGGCCUCGCCCGCCUCUGUUGCCAUGUCGACCACCACCAUCAAGCAGGAGCCCUGCGACCCCUUCGCCUCGGUGGUCGCCCCGAGCAACGGCGCUGGCUUUGUGUGGGUGGGAGUGGCCGGUGACGGGAAGUGGCCCCCGGCGGGUUGUUCCGCCUCCAGCGGCGGGUCCAGCCUAUCACCGGACUCGGCCAUCCAGAAACUGAAAGCGGCAGCCAACGCGGUUUUACAGGACAAGAACGCCACCGUAGUGGCCUCGUCUACUUCCUCUUCAUCAUCCUCCUGCUCUACCGUACCCACCCUGGGAGGAGGAGGAGGGAGCCGGGGAGGAACGGACGACUCGGUACGCUUUGAUGCCUUCACUUCCCCCUUCAGCCCUCAGUCGGCCAGCUCCACGCUAGCCGCCCUGUCCAAGAAGGUGAGCGAGCGCUCCCAGACCACCUCCUCAUCAUCAGACCACCAACACCAACCCUCCCCCGGCUCCUCCUUCCUCUCCCUGGUCUCUAUGACUUCCUCGGCUGCGCUCCUCAAGGAGGUGGCAGCCCGGGCGGCAGGGAACCUCCUUGCUGAUAAGAUGGAGGCCCCAGCAGGAGGAGGGGCCAUCCAGGAGGACAUCAAGCCCCUGCUGGACAGGAACCAGAAGGCAGGGACCCCCACAGGGCCCCAGAGCACCAUGGACCUGCUGCUGCCCUCCACCCCUAAGGGAAGGGCCAAACCCAGCAGCCAAGCAGGUUCCCCGGGGGAGGACGGAGGGAAGCCGUUCCAGUGUCCGGUGUGUGGCCUGGUCAUCAAGAGGAAGAGCUACUGGAAGAGACACAUGGUGAUCCACACCGGCCUGAAGAGUCACCAGUGUCCCCUGUGCCCCUUUCGCUGUGCCCGCAAAGACAAUCUCAAGUCCCACAUGAAGGUCCACCAGCAUCAGGACCGGGGCGAGACGUUCCAGUGCGAACUUUGCCCUUUCACCUCCUCGCGCCACUUCAGCCUCAAGCUCCACAUGCGCUGCCACCAGCACUUCCCCCGCUCCGGGUCCGCCUCCGACGGGGUCAAGGUCAAGGAAGAGGCCACCACGGACACAGAGGGCGAGGGGUCACUCAUGGGUGAUUACAACCCCGGGGAGUCCCCUCUCCAGUCAGACGCAGGGAACCAGAGCUCCCCUGGAGUCUCUAACCACCACGUCUAUAUAAAAGAAGAGCCCCAGGAGAGGGAGCUGUCGGUGCUGUCGCCCUUCACCCUUUGCAGGGACAGGGAGCGGGAGCGGCCUGGUAGCAGUGGCAACUCCCUGGACCUCUCUAUGGGGGGAGUCGUCUUGGGGGUGCGGUCCAGUCCUGGUGGAGGUCCAACGGCGGCGUCCCUCUUCAGCCCGGACAUCACCACCAAGACAGCCACCGACCUGCUCAUGAAGCUCUCAGCGGCCAACCAGAAGGAAGCCCUGAAGGCUCCACAGUCCUUCCAUCUGAAGCAGGAACCCCGGGCAGAGGAAGAGGAGGAAGAGGUGCGGAGGAGCCCCCGGAGCCAGCCCAGCUACUCCUCCUUCUACCAGGAGCAGGGCGCGGCGCUGGGGGCCACAGGGCCAGCAGAGGUCACAGCAGACAGUGGGAGCCACAGGGGGACCCUGAAGAGACGGGAGGGAAGCCCCAUGGGGAACAAGAACAGUCUCCUCAGCCAGGACAUCAACUUCAAGGUGGCGUCGGAGCUGCUGAUGAAGCUAUCAGAAAGCAACAAGGACGCCGCCCACUACCAGAAGAUGACGGUGAAGGCAGAACCUAUGGAGGUGGACCCGGCCAGCGGCCCGGCCCCGCCCUCUUCUCACCUGCUGGCCUUCAGCACUUUAGGGCCUUGUGAGAAGAGCGAGCCAAUGGCCAGCCUCCCUGAGGCGUUGUCCCGCCCCCAGAAGCAAGACCUCUUCUCCCAGGACAUAUCGGUGAAAAUGGCCUCCGAGCUCCUCUUCCAACUCUCAGAAAAAGUCAGCAAAGCCAACGACCACAAAGACAGCAACAUGGUGGGCAUAAGCAGCCCCUUCCUGGAUGAGCGUUUCAGACAAUCCCCCUUCAGCCAGCGCUCCAAGUCCUCCUCCCCCGCAGAGGCCAGCUCCUCUGCUAGGACAGCCCUCCACGACCCAGAGAAGGACACUGGAGAGCCGGGGGGGAACGGGAUGUCCCAGGGCAUACUGAGCAGUCAGCACCUCUACCCCUGUCCUGUAUGUGGCAAGGUGUUUGGCAGACAGCAGACCCUGUCCAGACACCUGUCUCUACACACAGAGGAGCGAAAGUAUACGUGUCACCUGUGUCCUUAUGCAGCCAAGUGCAAAGCCAACCUCAACCAGCACCUGACCAUCCACUCUGUCAAGCUGGUCAGCACCGACGCAGAGCAGAUGGUCAGCGCCGUCACCACCGCUGAGGGACGAGACGGGAAGACCUUCCCCUAUUACUACAGCUGCCAUGCGUGUGGUUUCCAGACGGGGCUGAACGCCCAGUUCGUCAGCCACAUGUCUCUCCACGUGGACAAGGAGCAGUGGAUGUUCUCUCUGUGCUGCAGCGCCUGUGACUACGUCUGUGUGGAGGAGAGUGACAUGAAGUCCCACGUCAGUCACGGACACACAGGUCUGAACUCGCGGAGCCCCCUCAGUGAGACUAAGAGCACCUCCUCCUCCCUGUCGGCCCUCAGCGAUUCGCUGAACAGCUCAGAGGGUGGAGAACUUACCCAUGCCAAUGAGGAGCUCAAGAACCUGCUGGCCCCUCCCUCCUCUGCAGGCAGCCAAUCCAGCUCCAGCAGCCACUCGGGAUCAGGAACUGAAGAGAAGUCUGAGAAAGGCUUCGAGUGCGUCUUCUGCAACUUUGUGUGCAAGACGCGGACCAUGUACGAGCGCCACCUCCAGAUCCACCUGAUCACGCGCAUGUUCGAGUGCGACGUGUGCCACAAGUUCCUGAAGACGCCCGAGCAGCUGCUGGAGCACAAGAAGUGCCACACCGUCCCCACCGGAGGGCUCAAGUGCCCCGUCUGCAUUUAUUCCACCAAUCGACCGGCGGCCAUGGAGUGCCACCUGAAGACCCAUUACAAGAUGGAGUACAAGUGUCGCAUCUGCCAGUCGGUGUGGUGCGACCAGCCCGCGCUGGAGAGGCACGUGCGCGAGCAUCGCCUCGGCAACCACUACAAGUGUGAGCAGUGCGGCUACCUGUCCAAGACGGCCAACAAGCUGAUCGAGCACGUACGCGUGCACACGGGCGAGCGGCCCUUCCACUGCGACCGCUGCGGCUACAGCUGCAAGCGCAAGGACAACCUGAACCUGCACAAGAAGCUGAAGCACGCCCCGCGCCAGACCUUCGGCUGCACGGAGUGCCCCUUCACCACCACCCACCCCUUCAUCUUCAGCCGCCACCUCAAGAAGCACCAGGAUGGAGGGGAAGGGGAGGAGGCCGGCGAGGAGGAGUUCCAGGCCCAGCUAGGGGGCUCUCUGGUGGGGUCUCUGCGGGGCGAGGAGCCCUUCCUCCUGGGGGUAGGUGGAGGUGGGGAUGGGAGUAGCGGGGGGAGCGGUAGCAGCAGCCCCCUCAUGAUUCUCUCUGCCUCCCAGGCCCUGCAGUCUGUCGCCCUGUCACUCAUCACAGGGAAACAACACCACCGUCAACAGGAACUCCCGCCCCCAGCCCAGCGUUACCUGACAGCGACCACAACCAAUGGCGGAGGCCCCUCCCUCUUCUUCCCCUCCCCACGCCACGUCUACGAGCAGUUGGGAAACUGCGAGCGGGCGCACCUGAUCCCCCUCACAACCCUGUUCACCCACUGCCACCGCUCCACAUUCCACUCGCCCCUCUCCAGACUCCAGAGGCCGCCCUCCUCCUCCCCCCUUUUCCUCUCCUCCACCCCCUCUCCUCCCUCGCCCACCUCACUCAAACACUCCUUCCUGGCUUACCUAGGACUGGGACUGACGGAGAGAGCCAAGACUGUGUGACUGUUCUCCUCUCCUCCUUCUCAUCCCUAUCUCUUCCCCCUCCCUCUCGUUCCCCUUUCUCUCCAUCCCUCUCUCCCUGGACAGUGGUGUGAAUGAUCGUUAUCCACUGCGAUGGGGAAAACUUUCCAAUCAAGCCAGCUGAAUAAGCUGGACAGAGACAGACAAGUAGUUAUUGUAGACAAUGGAGAAAAAAAAAAGAAUUUAUCAGAGAAAAGGCUGUAUGUGCUAAAAAAUGCAUUUAUAUCAAAAGCUGCUUUUCUUAUCUGUUAUAUCGAUUGAAUUAUUACUCUCUCUCUCUACUUUUUAUUUUCUAAUGUUUGUUUUUUGGACUUUUGAAUGACCAGGACCCAACUGCAUUAUCUGUAAAACGGAUCCGUGUUUUCUUUUUGUUUUUGUUAGAAAAGUCGAAAAAGAAGAAGAAACAAAACAAGUGCUCUGACAUUUUUAGUGCAUUUUUGUCUUUUUGGCUACUACGCAUCAGAAUAGCAUGCCUGCCUCUUUGUUUCCGCUAGCUUUGAUGCACGUCAUUUAAUAGGGUAUGAUGAACCAAUCCCCAGGUUGUUAAAUUGUGAUGCGCCGCGAACAAGAACCAAUGAAACGGAACGCUUUUUCUCAAAAGUCUCGUUUCCAAAGCAACGCCUCAAACCACGCACUUAAUGAAUUAUUUAACAAAUGUGUACUGUACAUAGUUUUGUAGCCUUCAAUCUCCCCCACAACUAAGCUUUGACUUUAUCUGUUUGGUUUUGUGUAAUGGUGAAACCAUAUGCAUCAAACGUCGACGGAACUCACCUUUGUCUCAGGUGGCGGUCGUCUUGGCAACCCAUACACACAGGUGACGUCUUGUACGUUGUUUGACGUUGUGCGGUGGGGUGGACAGAACAAGUGACAUUCUCUACUCAAGGCCCUUUGCCAAUUCAAACGGUUUUCAAAUCAAUGUAACACACAUUAUAGCCUCAUGCUAUAGUCUUUGCUUUCCCCAACUUAGCCCGUGUGUAACCGUAGCCUAGUCCCAGAUGUGUUUGUGCUGUCGUGACAAUGACCGUAGGAAUUGGCAAGACACCACAAACAGAUCUGGGACCAGAUUAGUUUUACCCCACCAGCCCACAUCAAAGGUUCCAUGAGGACACCUGUAACCCCUGAGACCAGGGUCCUAUUCAUUAGGCACCAAACGGAAGAAAAAGGACUGAAUCACCAGAACUUGUCGUUAUGCUACGUUGCGCCCUAAUGAAUAUGACCCAGGUGUCGUUCGGUCCAGCAUCAUGUGUAGAACUAUGUAUGGACUGGCGCACCAUUACGUUAGAUAAGCUGUAAGAGAUACCUGUUUUGUGGAGGUGACCAGCUGACGGGGUGUUAAAACCCUCAACAGCUCCGGUCACCACAGGCCGAUUCAAUGGUGCUUUUUGGAGCUCUUUUGUAAUUUUGUGUAAAAGAAAAAACAGAAAGAAACUGUUCCAAAAUGACUUGAAUGAAUGUAUUUGUCUUUGUUGAUGUACGUGAUGCGAACGUGAUACAGAUGUGCGGUGUAGUUGCAGGCAGGGACUGUUGGGUACCGUUGCCUAUAUGACAGAAAGCAAGGGGUUGGUUUUGUAGGUCGGUGGCCUUCUGUGUCUUUUUAGGUUGUUCAUUUGUUUUUUUUCAUUCGUCUUUCUCUUUUUUACUGAGCCUUUUAAACGUAGGACGAUGAGCGUUUUCUACUAACGUGCAUCGCUAUUAUGAAGCCAUUUUGAUGAAGGCUCCGAUAGGUCCAAUGUUGUUGACGAGGAAGCAGCCAUUGGUUAGGUUUUGGUGGUGUCGCUUCUAUCUCAGUGAGAAGACAUGGUACUGCUUUCUAUUCCCCCUUCGCUCCAUCUCUCAGUUGUAAUUGCACUUAGCUUAGUCCCAUUUCAAAACCAAAAGCACUUACCUAGUUCAUAUUGUUAUAGUGCAAACGUUUGAGCUGUCGGUCCGAUAGGAUAUCACCGGAAACAGACGUAUUACCUUUUUAAGAUGUUUGCUGUGAACGAUCUGAAUCAAAACCGUGAUUUCCUGAUUUUUGUUGUGUAGACAUUUUCUGGUUUAGUGCGGAGGGUUUUUACCUCUGUAAAAUUGCAGAGCGCAGAUGAACACAAAUUGCAUGAAUUAGACAGUGGAGGUUGAACUAAACUACGCUGGGAGACCCAAAGGGCCCAGCCUAAAUUGUCAAAGCCAAUUUUGCACAGUGCUGCACUUUUUGAACAUGAAAAAUGUAUUUAUCUGUACAGAUGGAGAUGCUCAACAUGAAGAGUGUACAUGAGACCAGGCAGCAUAAUAAAGGCAUUUUGUUUUUUUUAUUCAAAAGCAUUACCCAUUUAAUUGACCUUGCUCGCAUUCCCAAGUGGUCUUUAAGCCAAAAUGGUUUCUUAUUUGUAAAGGGAUUUUUUUUUUUUUAACCUUAAUUGUUUUGCUUGUUUCUUGUACUUUUCAUUUUGUGAUUUUUUUUUUAAUAUAUAUUUUUUAUUUCUUUGUAAUGACAACAAAACAAUUGAGAGAACAAUGCAUUGUUAAGACCAAAUGAAACUUAAAAACGAGGUUGUGAUGCUAGGAUUAAAUCCGUCACUUCCUGGUAACAGAGGGGUGUAACAGUUAAAUCUCUCCCCCGUGGUUGGUUUUCUUUUAGUUCCCUUUGACAACAUAGCAAUGUUCAGCAUGCUGUCCGCUGGUCGCUGCUACAUUAUAGUACAAGGAGCCCCCACCCCUGCCACACACACACACUCCUAGGUCAGCUCCAGCUCCUUAUCUAUCCUCUAAUAUGUAAUACUCUAGUGCCACUUGGUGGAAGGGAACCGCCUGAGACCACUGAGAAUGAGUCAAACUGAUUUUCAGGGUCCAAAUCUAAAAACAAAAACUAAGAGGAACAAAAAAGAAUGUGCCCGUCUUUUUACGACUGACUGUAUGCCUUUUUUAUAUAUAUAUAGCUACCGCAUAAUCAUUAUGUAAUCAAAAAUGGCUGCAGUUCUUUCUUCUUAUAAAACGGCCCCUUGGUCUGGUUAGUGUGUCUAAGGAGAAGAAAAGGCCGACAGGGAUCGCUUCUCUGUCCUUUCCAAACCCAGUAUUUUUAAGCACUUAUCGUUUGCUUAUCAUUUUUUGCCUAAUUGUAAAGAAGCUGCAGAAGGUGAUUUUUUUGUUAAAUGUUAUGUCGGGUGACUACCUUUCUGAGCACUUCGGAGUACGCAUGACAUCUCUCUCUCUAUUUUAUGACUCGACAAGACUCAACUAUCUUCUUUUUUGUGUGUUUUCGUUCAUCUUUUUGGCACUCAGUAAAAAUUGGUAUGUGCUGUAUAAAGCUUUUUGAUUAGUUCAUUGUUAAGGCUGUACAGGGUUGUUUGUGACAAUAACUGGUAAAUAGAUCAUUUGUACUUUUUUGUUUUUUGUAUUCGUUUGUUUUUUGUUUUGGCAUUAUUUUAUGUUCAAAAGUUGCCAGAUCUAAAUGUAACAGGAUUUGAAAGUAAAGCUUACAACAGAUA